AUGUCUGCAACCACCACAACCACAACCACUGCCCCUGGGACUCAGCAGUUCCCUGGAAACUGCACCCUGGAGAUGGCUCUGAAAACCAUUGUGGAUGUCUACCACCGUUACAGCAUCCGGGAGGGACAUGUUGAUCUCCUCAGCUACAACGAAUUCAAGACUCUGCUGAAAGAGCAGGCACCAGCCUUCCUGGAAGUUUGUGACAGGAACCGUCGUGGCUACCUGAGGAAACUCUUUGAAGAGACAGACUUAAAUAAGGACAAAGAGGUGACCUUUGAGGAGUUCACCAUCGUCUUGGCCAAGCUGACUGAUGAUGCCCAUCGCAUCAGCCACAAGGACGACCGCUGUGGACCUGACAAGGAUUGA